AUUAUUACCCCUAUUUUCCUUACCCGACAGUGUACUGGGAGCGCAGAGCAGAGGGUUUAAGAAGUAGAGAAAGAAACUAAUGUUCGCGCCGGAAUUAAGGCACAAACUCUCCAUUUUGUAUAAACAUAGUCUCCUAACAACAGCAUCGGCAGCAAAAAGAGUGGGAACUCAUGAUGGAACCUUCCACUGCGACGAAGCUCUCGCCUGCUUCAUUCUUCGCCUCACCAAUAACUUCUCCAAUGCUCAAAUCGUCCGUACCAGAGACCCACAGGUGUUGAACUCGCUUGAUGCGGUACUUGAUGUUGGAGGCGUUUAUGAUCCAUAUCGAUAUCGUUUUGAUCAUCACCAGAAUGGAUUUGACCAGGUUUUUGGUCAUGGCUUCACCACUAAACUUAGUUCUGCUGGCCUUGUUUAUAAGCAUUUUGGAUUGGAGAUAAUUGCAAAAGAGCUUCAGCUGGAUGAAGGACAUCAAGAUGUGUAUCGGUUAUUUGUAGCAGUCUAUAAAAACUUUGUGGAGGCAAUUGAUGCUGUUGAUAAUGGGAUUAAUCAAUAUGACCCGAAUCAAGCUCCUAGAUAUGUGAAUAAUACAAGUUUAUCUAAUAGAGUGGGAAAAUUAAAUCUCAACUUCACAGAUCCUGAUCAAUCAUCUCAGAGAGAGAAUGAAGCUUUUAAACAUGCAAUGGAACUUGCUGGCAGUGAAUUUUUGGAGAGUAUUCACUUUCAUGCAAGCUCAUGGUUUCCUGCUUGAUCAAUUGUGAUGGAGUGCCUUUCAUCAAGAGAAGAUAUUGAUGGCAGUGGAGAAAUCAUGGUGCUAACAAGAUCUUGCCCUUGGAAGCUACAUAUAUUUGAGCUAGAAGAGGAAAUGAAGAUCUACCCUUCAAUAAAAUAUGUUAUCUACCAGGAUGAUAGGAGUGAAAAUUGGCGACUACAAGCCGUGGCAGUCUCACCUGAUAAGUUCGAGAGUCGAAAACCUCUAUUGCUUGGUUGGAGGGGUUUAGAAAAUGAUGAACUCUCUGAGGUGACAGGGAUCCCAGGCUGCGUUUUUGUCCAUAUGAGUGGAUUCAUUGGUGGAAAUCGAAGUUAUGAGGGUUCUCUUGCUAUGGCAAGAGCUUCUUUAAAAGGGUACGGCACAUAGGUAUCAUGAUGAUUGUUAGAUACUACAUUCACGAUGACAUCAAAGUUGUCCUCCUAG